AUGGGGCCCCUGAAAGGCCACUUUUGGAGGGGAACAAAAGAGAACUUUCAAAGACUAGCCCAUCGAUUGGGCCUUAGACAACUACACUCAUCGACAAAUCACCCUCCCAAAAAGGAUUGUUGCGGUGACACGGCGCUCAAUGACAUCUCUUCCAGUUCUGAGGAGUCGAGAACUCUAGAGCUUCAGAGUGUAUCUCACAUCCUACGUGGUGUAGAACCAACCAACCUCUACGAUCCAAGACUUCACUUUGGGGUCAGGGGGCAUUCCAGUCCAGUUUUCAACGAAUCAGUCGGUCAGCCUCUUCCUCGGCUCGAAUAUCGGGCGUCAAAACAAGCGAGAACGAGUGCUACGCUAUCAACUUCAGCGUGCUCAGAGAUUCGCCCCCAAUCAUAG